GAGAUCAGCCAUGGAGGAGACGCUCACCUGCAGCAGGAGCCCUUUCUCCCAGGUGUUCGGGCGUCAGGGUCAGCUCAUGCAAGCCACUGUGCAGUCACUGAACAGCCUGAACGACCAGAUUGCGAGUUUCAUAGUGACUGGGCCCAAAUCCCUGGAGCAGGAGGAGUGCAGCUUCCCUCCUCCUGAGAACGAGACCAUGCAGAAGUCUAUGACCCUGAUGAGGCACCUCCUCGUGGAUGCUCAGGCAAAAAUCCUGAAAAUGAUGGAUGACAACAAGCAGUUGGCUCAACGCAUCGAUGGCGCCAUCCAGUCGGCCAGCCAGGAGGUGACCAACCUGAGGUCGGAGCUCAGCGCCACCAGCCGCAGACUGGCCGAGCUGGGAGCAAGCGAAUCUUCUGCUGGGGUGCUGGAGACGCUUCAGCACAACCACAACGAUCCAUCACCCCACCAGAGACAGAAACCUCCAGCUGCUGACCACAAAACUGAAGUCAACAGUCUGAUGGACUUCAACUCUCCAGACUCGUCCCUGGACAAAGUCCUGCUGCGUGAAGAGGUGGCUCAGCUCCAGGAGGAGGUGCACCUGCUGAGGCAGAUGAAGGACAUGUUGAAUAAAGACCUGGAGGAGACCCAGGGAGGCUGCUCGGCCAGCGUGCUCUCCGCCACCGAGCUCCGUGUGCAGCUGGCCCAGAAGGAGCAGGAGUUGGACCGAGCCAAGGAGGCCCUGCAAGCCAUGAAGUCUGACCGUAAGCGUUUGAAGGCAGAGAAAGCAGAUCUGGUCAACCAGAUGCAGCAGCUCUACGCCACAUUGGAGAGCCGAGAGGAGCAACUCCGCGACUUCAUACGCAACUACGAGCAGCACAGAAAGGAGAGCGAGGACGCAGUCAAGGCACUGGCUAAGGAGAAGGACCUUCUGGAGAGAGAGAAGUGGGACCUGAGGCGGCAGACUAAAGAAGCCACGGAACACACGGGGAUGCUGCGGACUCAGCUGGACCUCAAGGAAAACCGCAUCAAGGAACUGGAGGCUGAACUGGCCAUGGCUAAGCAGUCAUUAGCCACCCUGACCAAGGACGUACCAAAGCGCCACUCUGUGGCCAUGCCCACGGAAACAGUUGUCAACGGCAACAACCAGGAGUGGGUGAUGCAGGCGGACCUCCCUCUGACUGCCGCCAUCAGACAGAGCCAACAGACGCUCUACGUGCACACGGCACAUCCACCCGACAGACAAGUCGCGGCGGUGCGGGUGAGCCCGUGCCACUCACGUCAACCCUCUAUCAUCUCUGACGCCUCGGCGAUGGACGGAGACCGCUCGUCCACGCCCAGCGACAUCAACUCGCCGCGCCAUCGAACUCACUCCCUCUGCAAUUCCCUAGAAGAUCUGGAGGAGGCGAAGCGUAAGAAGAAGAAGGAGAAGAUGGGCCUGGGCUCUCUGUCUCGUGUCUUCGCACGGGGAAAGCAGCGCAAAUCCCUCGACCCCGGUUUGUUUGAUGACUCAGACAGUCUGUCCAGCCCCACCCGCCUCAGUCUCAGCCUGUCCGACGGGUCCGAGGACCAGCUGGACCGCCUCCAGCAGGUGGAGCUGGCGAGGACGACCCCCAUGUCCCAGUGGAGGGCUGGAACUGUACAGGCCUGGCUGGAGGUUGUCAUGGCGAUGCCCAUGUACAUCCGAGCCUGCUCUGAAAAUGUCAAGAGUGGUAAGGUUUUACUCGGACUAACGGAUGAAGACCUGGAGCUGGGUUUGGGUGUCACCAGCUGCAUGCAUCGGAGGAAACUGCGUCUGGCCAUUGAGGACUACAGAGAUGCUGAGAAUGGCAGAGGGCUGUCCAAGGCCGCGGACAUGGAUCACCACUGGGUGGCCAAAGCCUGGCUGAGCGACAUGGGCUUGCCUCAGUACUCACAGGCCUUUCACACCCACCUGGUAGAUGGACGCAUGCUGAACUCGCUGACACGACGCGACCUUGAACGUCACCUCAACAUCACCAAGAAGUUCCACCAGGUCAGCUUGCUGCUGGGCAUCGAACUGCUGCACUUACUCAGUUUUGACAAGGAGGCGCUCCAGAUUCGACGGAUGCAAUGUGAACACCAGAAUGUGGAUCCGUUGGUGUGGACGGCUCACCGGGUCAUCAAAUGGAUCAGAGAUAUCGACCUCAAAGAGUUUGCUGAAAACCUUCCAAACAGCGGCGUUCAUGGGGGUGUCAUGGUGCUGGACCCCACCUUCAACAUGGACACCAUGGCCACGGCACUGGGGAUCCCCAACAACAAGCACAUGGUGCGCCGACACCUUGUGGAAGAGAUGAAAAACCUCAUUGUUCCAGCCAGAGACAACGCCAAACAGGACUAUGAGCAUCUUGGCUUGGGAACACCACCAACCCUGCUCCGCCAAAACUCUCUGGGAAGACCGCCAAGCUCCGCCGGCCGUCUCACCGAUGAUGAAGGCUCGCUGAGACAGAGAGCGGUCAAGCCUCCGUUGGGGUUCAGCCCUAAAGGCCACAGACGGCGGGACUUGAGUUGUAACAGCAGUUACGGCUCUCUGCCACGUGAGGUUCGAGACGACACUCUACCCAAAGCCGAGGGAAGUCCGAUUGGCGGCUACGCCAGUGUCGAGGUCACCAACGUGUGAGACCAUUCAUCAGGACUCCACCAACAGCGGCUUCAUUCAGUAUCAGCAGAACACGAGAUUAUUUUUUAUUAAAAGAUGAGCCUUUAAAAAACAGAUUGCACUUUUUAGAUGUUUUCUUUAAGAUCCUUUUGUUUUUUAAUGAGAGACUUGUAUGUGGCUUAAAUGCCAUUUGGCCGUUUGUGAUGUGUGCAAUAUCUAACCGCCAACAGCAGGAUCAAGAGACUGACUCCAGCUAAAUUAUGAUUUAUUUUUCUAUUUUCCUUGUGUAAAUGGUUGUAAAACGAGCUGUCACUUUGUUGAUUCAUUUUUAACGUGCAGCCUGUGAUUCAGACGGAGAUAGAUUUAAAAAGAAAGAAAAAAGAAACCAGGGCAGAUGGCAACAUAAAGUAAUCUUGGAUACGAGUGUCAAAAUAUUCUUGGUUAAAUGUCUGUCAUUUGUUCCCAGCUGAAGACCCUGAAAACAAAAACUCUGGUUGAAUUUUAAAGAUCUAUUUUCUGCCUUCAGGGGAAAACUGCAGUAUAUUUUAAAUACUACUGCCAGUCUGGGAAUGGAACCGGGACACUGUGGACAGAAGAGGACUUGUUUGUCAUUUUUCAUCGGGCACAUUCACAAUGUGCCCCCCCCACCCCGAGCUCCCUCUACUGGUACUUAAGAAAAGCAGUGGCUUCCACAAAAAACCCUGAAAUAAAAAAGUGAUUCAUUCCAAAUCUUAAAAAAAAAAUAACUUUCCUCCUUCUUUUUCCUCUUUGUUUAAAAAAAAUCAAAUAAAAAUAAAAUAAUAAUAAUAAUAAUAAUAAUUAGUGGUGAUUGUGAAGUGAAAGAAAAAAAAACCUUGGAACCCCCACUGUGUUCUUUGGCGCCCCCUUAAGGGGGUCUCGGACCCCAGUUUGGGAAGCAGAUGUUCUGCUUCUCUCUUCUGAUGCUUUUUCAUCACCGUAAUCAUAGAACAUAUGUGAACAAUGUUUACAAAAGACGCCAGCAGAGUUUUUCAUCUGUGGAACUUUGAAGCUAAAAGGUGAACGAGUGAAAAAAGUGUAAAACGGUAACAGUGUUCCUCAUCAGGUCAUAAAGAAUAAAGAUGUCUCAGUUUUGACUGG